GGCAGUCAUAUGACACAACGUUUUCCUGUAACUUUUUGUUUUGUUUUGUUAGUUUCAAGUUUAUUUUCUAACAUCUUCAUCCGCUGCGAGGAAGUUUUGGGAACAGUUACGCCCUUGGCUACACGGAGCAUGCCUAUCAGUUUCUGAUUUUGAGAGCAUAUUUUUUGGGAGAUUACAUUUUCUUUCAGAUCAGACUAAAUAAAGUUUUUUUUCUGGAUUGAAAAUGAUAUGAUCAUCAUAGUCCUACAUGGAAACAGCAGUAAGAGGGAAGGCUAAAAGAAUACAUUUGAAUUCAAGUGAUUGUGAAGGCCUCCUUCAAGAUAAUAGGACGAUAUCUUCUCUCACCCAGCCUGUAUAUGGUUGUGACUUCAAUCUGUCUCAUUGUAAUCUUCUCCCCAAGCCACGGACUAGGAGACAGAAAAGAGGUUUAAAUGACAGUUUCAAACAGAAGAACAUUAAAGAUUAUUUUUCUUCUCCAAUGGAGGAAGAUAUUACCUUGACGGGAACAUCCAAUACAGAUUACUUGCUUGAAGAGUUGGAUGACUCCUUCUGGGACUGCAGUGACAACAGCAGAGAUAAUUUAGAUGCCAAAUCUGCAUCAUUUUCCAUGCAUUUUUUAAAAUGUAAAGAAGAAAAUCCCCACAUAUCAGAGGCAGCAGGUUGCAGUUCUUGGAUGAAAAAGCCACGUUUUGCUACUGAUACACAGGCAAUUGUUAACAAAGAAUUGUUGAAGGAAGAGGAGACAGAGAUGAUUAUUGAUCCUCUCCCAAAUGUUUAUUAUGGACUUGUGGGAGAAAGCAAUUGCAAAAUGGAGGGAAAAGCCUAUAAUGUUCAGCUUCCUGAAAAAGUUCUUAUGAUGAUAUUUAGGUACCUGCCUGCCGAAGACCUGUAUCAGAAUAUCAGUCUUGUUUGCAAGAGCUGGAAUGCCAUUAUUCAUGAUCCGCUAUUUGUCCCCUGGAAGAAGCUGUUUUUUCAGUACUGCAAAGGGAAGACUGAAGCUGUUCAAGAAAUUGAACAGAUUCUUUUGGACAACAAAAUCACAAAAGAAGAAGAACUCUGUGUGCUAAACUUUGUGAGAUAUGUAUCCACGAUGAAACAAAACUUUCGUGUUCAACCUGAGGCAGUAUACGAGUGUUUGAAAGGUCAUACACUAUUUGUUCAGGCUGAAAUCAGCUUGCAGAACAUAAUGCCAGAACUUAAUAAAGACGAAAAGGAACAGUAUGUCUGGGUUGUUUUGGUGGUUAUCGUGUUACUUUCGGAUGGAGUCAGAGACAUCCAGAGACUGGUGGCUGUUUUGAACCAACCAAGCUCCACCCUCAGUCUAGCUGGGAUUUCAGAAGUUUUGUAUCACAUAGCAGUUUUGCUCUUUGCAAUGAGAAAAAUUGGAGUCAACAUCAGCAACAGGUUCCAUUACAAUCUAUAUUAUGUUUUGCACCUGAUGGAGAAUACACCAUUCAGCUUUGAUGUGCUUCAACAACCAACUGAAGGUUCAAAUCAAGUUAAAGGAAGAGACAGAAAUGGUGUGAUGCCAGUGUCUGAAAUUUCAUUUACCCAUGAGCAGAAAAAAAUCCUGAAUCAUGAUAUUUCAGAUGGGCAUAUAGUGAAAAUCAUGGCAUUUGCAGGUACUGGGAAAACUUUCACAUUAAUUAAAUAUGCCCAGCAGAGACCCCAUCUUCAUUUCUUAUAUGUUGCUUUUAACAAGUCAGUAGCAGAGCAGGCUGCUCGUACGUUUCCUCCAAAUGUAGACUGCAGGACCAUUCAUUCCAUGGCUUAUCAGGCAGUAGGAAAAAAGUAUCAACGUUUAAAGAAGCUUAAUGUCUUUGGCUUAAAGGCUUUCAGUCUCAAUUGGGUUCUACCUAAAGGAAGAGGUGGAUUUGUAAAAGCAAAAUGUGUCGCACAGACUCUUCAGAAUUUCUUUGCUUCCAAAGAUGACAUCAUAAACACAGAGCAUGUCCCAGUUCGUUGCAAAAAUACACAAGGAAUGGUUGAAAUGGUGUUACACUCAGAAAAACUAAAGAUUGUUGAAGAUGCAAAUGGUAUAUGGGAGAAGAUGAAACAAUUACAAGAAAUGAGAGAGUCAGCCUUUCAUAUGCCUCAUGAUGGAUACCUAAAAUUAUGGCAACUUUCUCGACCGUGCCUACACAAAUAUGAUGUUAUUUUCAUUGAUGAAGCACAAGAUUGCACUCCGGCAAUCAUUGACAUUGUUUUGUCACAGCCGUGUGGAAAAAUACUCGUAGGAGACCCUCACCAGCAAAUCUAUACUUUCAGAGGUGCCAUAAAUGCGUUAUCUGAAGUUCCACAUACACACAUAUUUUACUUAACCCAGAGUUUUCGAUUUGGUCCUGAAAUUGCUUACAUCGGAGCAACAAUUCUUGAUGUAUGCAAAAAUGUGAAGAAGACUCUGGUGGGAGGUUUUCAGGAAGGAAGUGUACAAGGAAGCACAAAAGGAAAGACUGCAAUAUUAUGUCGCUGCAAUUCAACGGUGUUUGACGAAGCAGUGAAAGUCACAGAGGGAACUGAGCAAGUGAAAAUCCACAUCAUUGGAGGUCUAAAAAAUUUUGGUUUAGAAAAGAUUAAAGAUAUCUGGGCUCUUCUUCAGUCAGUGCACUGCAAAGAAGAAAUUAGGGAUCGAUUUAUUCAACAUUUUGUUCAUCAUGGUGGCUUUAAAGGCUUGAAGAAAUAUGCUGUUGAAGCUGAGGAUUGUGAACUUGAAGUAAAGAUAGCAUUGGUUGAAAAAUACAACUUUCGUAUUCCUGAAUUAGUGAAGAGAAUACACGACUGCUUUGUUGGAGAUGCCUCUUUUGCAGAUUGUAUUUUGGGGACUGUCCACAAAGCCAAAGGCCUUGAGUUUGACACGGUGAAAGUGACCAAUGAUUUUUCCAGAGUCCCGUGUGCCAGACAUAAUCUUGCCAGGAUACCCAGAUUCAGUGUUGAAAUGACACCUGAUGAUGAAUGGAACCUUCUGUACGUGGCAGUGACUCGAGCACGAAAAUGUUUGUUGAUGACAAAAUCAAUUGAGAACUUAAUAACUUUGGCAGGGGAAUACUUUCUGAGGUCAGAUCUGACAAGCUCCCUCCUUAAAGAUGGAACGCUUCCUACUUGUGCUGUUACAGAAUGUCCAAACAUUCUGAGUGAAAAGGCAACUCUUACAAUGAAGAAAGUCCCCAUGAAAUAUAGUGACCGGACAGAUGAAGGUGGACCUUUCUGCUCGACUUGUGUGGAGCAACGCCUGGGACCCCUGACUUUUCUGACUUGCUCUCCACAACUUGUGAAAUCAAUGAGCUAUACAUUGGAACAUAUUGAGCUUUCGCCAAGAAUCGAGCAGAUGUUAUGCCAUUUUUAAGGGAGACAUUUCUGAAAAUUCACCAAAAAAUGCUUUACAGUGCUAUAUAUUGAAAUUGGACACAAGACCAUUUAUGAGUUAUUGAUCGACUAGCACUGACUUUUCAGUAAUGGAUUUCAUCCUGGGGGGAACCUUACAGCUGCCCUUCCUCUAGUAAAGUGCAAUAUUUUGAAUUAUUUUAGUGGAUGUGAACUGCACUACCAGGCCAGGCUGCAGUGUUUAUAUAGGGGCUGUAGAAGGGAGGAUUACAAUCAAAGCCCUUAUCAGCUAACUGUUUUUAUUUUUGUUUGGUUUUUUUUGGGGUGUUGUUUAUGGAUAUAUAAAAUAUUAAUGACAUUUAUAAAUGAUGUUACCAGUCCUGUUUUUGCUAAACCUUCAUUUUCAGUGCCCUUAACACCCAACUGGAUUAUGUCAUAUCAUCUUUGGUCAUUUUUGUUGAAUUUUAGUAACUGAAUGAAAAAAUGUUUUAUAUGUCUGCUUAAAUUAAUAUAUUUUGUGAAAUUUCAUUGUAAGCAAUUGCUCCAUCCAGGUAUGACGUUAAUCUGCACUCAGCCCUGCAAGUAGGCCCUCCAACCUGCAGGGAAAAACCUGGGGGUUGGUUGCAGAAUUGGCACUCCGGCCACCAUAAAAAAACCUCACACUGUUCCACUCCAUCUGAACUGGUGUGGUGCUGAGGUGUCACCCGUUGUAUGGCUGAACUGGGGUCCCAAUCUGGAUCCUAAGUUGGUUUGCCUUGUGGUGGGUGCGGCAAUGCGCUGUAUCAGUGCCUGGUCCUAACCUGUCUCUCUCUCUCUCUCUCUCUCUUCAUUGUAAAGCUGAAUUCAAAGCCAAAUUUUACCAAGUACUUCCUACACCAGCCCAUCCGUUACAGAGAUGCACAGUGUGUGGCGUCAUUUUGUUUUUGUUUUACUGUUAAGAGAAUGUUGGCGGAGGGCCUUGCAGGUCUUGGCUCCUUGCUGUGUGUUACGAGUAUGGUGGCCUCACAUGAGUGGUUCAUGAUUGAUGUUGUGGAGCUCAGCUAUUUUUCAAUAUCUAACCCAGACCCUGAACUCUUGUCAGUUUAUUUAGGCGUUUCAGGCACUGCGUGGUACAUCCCACCACCAGGAUAAACCUUUCCACAGACCACUUUGAGGGAGGAUAACGCUUUAUACUGUACCGCUACCCCAGAGAACGACUAAGCCCAGGGCAGCCGCAUGAUCAGAAUACCGCUAGAGUAACAGCAGUACGUUACAGAAAUCUAUCAGGGUUAUGUGACCAACACUUGUCCUUUUUGACCCUCUCACCACAUGCCCCAGAUCAGCAUAUGAUGAAAGGCAUUAAAAAAAUGGAACGAAAGAAAGAAAAAAAGUAUUUUUACAUAUUAACAGGCAAGACAGUUUAAACAUAACUCCCCAAACAACGAGUACACAAGAAUAAAGACAAAAAUUCACAAAUUAGGGUGCGAGACGCUAUCGCCAGAGAUAACCCGUUUCCCCCAAAUCAUCACAGUUUGUUUUACUGUCCUCAAAGUUCAAGAGGACGAUGAAAUGCCGGAAGCACAACAGAGUAUGCAGGCAGCCGAUGCCAAUAGAAUAAAUGUUCUGUCCUACUGGUCCAUGGGUUGGUCACUCCAGAGAAACCAUAAAAACGUUCAACUUUAGAGAGGCGUCUCACUUGUAAACCUUGGUACUAUAAACCUUCUUCCAGCAGGGGGUUUGCAAGUGGAUUCUCGUUGCGAACAUGCUGUUGCUCCUCGCUUCACUGCUUGAUGUCUCUGUCUGUCUCUCUCUUCCUUUCCGGGUUGAAUCAUCUUCAGCCCAACUGUCCUGCCCGCGCUGUGUCUUCUCCUUAAAGGUGCAGUUCCUCAGUUUCGGGUGAACCCUCAGCAACCCAUUUCCUGAGUUACACCUUAAGGAGACGCAAACUAACAAAGGAACCAAUAGUACAUGUGGAAUCCGCUACAAUACUCUUCUCUGAUGUACAGGAUAUCAUGUCAGUACAGCACUAUUAAAGCACGGCAUGGUGUGGCUGGUGGAAAAGCGUUCAGGUGUAUAACAGCUUUGCAACUUGUCAGUUUUUGAAUUAGUCAUGAGGCACAGGUCUUUGCUUAAAUUACUACUUAAGAUUUUAUUGCAGUGUUUUUUGCAAAUGUAAGCAAUGAUGUACAGUAUACAAUGUUUUUAACCAUAUCAUUGUGAAAUAUUAAUCUCAUUUAUGGUUUCUGUUACAGCUGUCAUUAAUGUCAAACUUCUUGUAUUCCAUGUGCACGUUAACAGGCAUUCACCAUGGCCGACUGGAAAAUACAUUUUGAAAAGACAGAA